AUGGCUACAGUUCGGAUUUGCGUCUGCGGAGACGAAGGGACUGGCAAAUCCAGCCUCAUCACCUCCCUCGUCAAGGGUGUUUUUGUCACGAAUAAGAUCCAACCAGUGCUUCCUCAGAUCACAAUCCCUCCUACCCUCGGAACCCCUGAAAAUGUCACCACCACGACCGUUGUCGAUACGUCUGCUCUGCCACAGGAGCGCAACAACCUCGCGCGAGAGAUACGGAAAUCGAACGUGAUUCUUCUGGUGUACUCCGACCACUACAGCUAUGAGCGGGUGGCUUUGUUCUGGCUCCCGUACUUCCGGUCAUUGGGCGUCAAUGUCCCGGUGAUAUUGUGCGCAAACAAGUCCGAUCUUGGAACGAGUCAUACACAAGUGGUCGAAGAAGAGAUGUUGCCGCUCAUAGCGGAGUUCAAAGAGAUCGAUUCUUGUAUCCGAACCAGCGCGCGUGAACAUCGCAAUGUGAACGAAGCUUUCUUCGUCUGCCAGAAAGCUGUGACACAUCCAAUCGCACCGCUGUUUGACUCGAAGGAAUCAGCCCUGAAACCCGCUGCAGUGGCGGCCCUUCAACGUAUCUUUUAUCUCUGUGAUAAAGAUCGAGACGGAUAUCUCUCGGAUAAGGAAAUUAAGGACUUCCAAACACGCUGCUUUGGAAAGCCCCUGAAUGAGGAGGACCUUGUUCAUAUCAAGGACACCAUUCAAAAGACCUUCAUGGAAUCAGUGACAGAGUCUGGAAUUGACUGCCAAGGCUUCAUUCAUCUCAACAAGCUAUAUGCAGAGAAAGGACGCCAUGAAACAGUCUGGAUCAUCUUACGAGCCUUCCAGUACACCGACAACCUUUCCUUACAAGAGAAGUUUUUGCACCCCAAAUUUGAAGUUCCACCGUUCGCCUCCGCCGAGCUCUCACCAGAAGGAUAUCGCUUCUUUGUGAAUCUUUUCCUGUUAUCCGACAAGGACAAUGACGGCGGAUUGAACGAAGCAGAGCUUGAAUCACUAUUCGCUCCCACCCCCGGAUUGCCUGUAUCAUGGGCCGACGGUUCGUUCCCAUCAUCUACUGUCCGCAAUGAAGCAGGGCAUGUGACACUACAGGGUUGGCUUGCUCAAUGGAGUAUGACGACCUUCCUAUCCCCGAAGACCACCCUUGAAUAUCUGGCAUACCUAGGCUUUGAGCCAUCCGACCAAAGUGAUCAAUCUAUCACGGUGGCACUUAAAGUCACACGGCCACGCAAAAGGCGCCGGCGCCCUGGUCGUGUAGGACGUAACGUCGUUCAAUGUCACGUUGUGGGGGCUCCCGGUUCUGGAAAAUCGGCCUUGCUUGAUGCGCUACUCUCGCGCGGUUUUAAUACAACCUAUCAUCCCACCAUUCAGCCCCGCACUGCCGUCAACACUGUCGAACUUCCUGGCGGCAAGCAAUGCUAUCUGAUUCUAGAUGAACUUGGUGAGCUUGAGCCUGCUCUUCUUGAGAAUCAGGCAAAACUACUGGAUCAAUGCGACGUGAUUGCAUACACAUACGACUCCUCGGACCCUGACUCAUUUGCUUACAUUCCUGCCUUGUGGGCAAAGUACCCCCACUUGGAAGAACUUCCGAGUGUUUUCGUUGCCCUCAAAGCGGACUUGGACCGGACCACUCAACGAGCGGAGCACCAGCCCCAUGAAUACACGGCUAUGUUGAACAUGCCAAGCCCACCUCUCCACGUUAGUGUGACCUGGAAUUCCAUCCAGGAAGUAUUUGUCCACAUUGCAGAAGCCGCCAUGGAACCAAGCACCGCUUUCCCGCGUAGUGAAGAAGACGUGGAGGGCAAAUGGAUGUCAUGGGGAAUUGCCCUCGGAGCGGUGGUUUGCGCAGGCGCUGCAGCGGUGAUGAUCUGGCGACGAGUUGGCACUGGAAAUUAG